GGGGGGGGGGGGGACUUUGCCUUGGGCCCGUACAGAGCCUUCAGGGUCACCAGAGCGGGCAGACGCCUUGCAGCAGACAGACACCUUGCAGCAGACAAACACCUUGCAGCUGACAGCGUCUACAGCCUUUGUGGAGUUAUGAUUCCAGGUUUAUUGUCAAGAACCGGUGACUGAACUGAUAGUUGAGUUGCAACAUUACACAACUGAGACUUUGAUGAGCCAGGAUAAUUAAAGACGCUUUAUAAACUUACAAGAGGAACACUGUCUUGUUUACCAUAAAACCUAGACAAACAUUGACCAACUAUCCUCAAGUAUUCGAUUUGAGCCAUAAAGACGCCCUUAUAAAGACAACUUCCUGAUGGUAAGAUAGCAAACAUGGUUGUAAACCCACCUUAACUCACAAGUGAAAAAGCUCACAAGACAUUUGUCCACACUCAGGGUAGGAAGGUAAACUAGCGCCUCAUCAGGAUUCAGACCAUCGUUGAGGAGGUCGAAGGUCAGCCCGGGUUAAGAUGAGCUCCGCCGGGGAAGAGCGCGUCAGCAUCGACACGUACACCUCCACCACCACCACCGUGCACACGCUGGCCGGCCACCGGCCCCCCCCGCCGGCCCCCCCGCGGCCCGGCCGCCGCCCCCGCCGCCUGCGCUUCAUGAAGCGCGACGGGCGCUUCCAGGUGGUCUUCAGGGACGGGCGGGGCAGCUGGAGCCCCUACCUGCUGGACAUCUACACCACCCUGGUGGAGACGCGCUGGCGGCUGAUGCUGCUGCUCUUCUCCCUCUCCUACAUCCUGUCCUGGCUGCUGUUCGCCCUGCUCUACUGGCUGAUGGCCUACGCCCACGGGGACCUGGCCCCGCCCCCGGACGGCGGCGGCGGCGGCGGGCCGUGCGUGGCGAACGUGCGCAGCUUCACGGCGGCCUUCCUCUUCUCCAUGGAGACGCAGGCCACCAUCGGCUACGGCUUCCGCGGCGUGACGGAGAACUGCCCGGCGGCGGUGGCGGCGGUGACGGUGCAGAGCCUGCUGAGCUGCCUCGUCGACACCGUGGUCAUCGGCGUGGUCGUGGCCAAGAUGGCGUCUGCCCGCCCCCGCGCGCUGACGGUGGGCUUCAGCCGCUGCGCCGUGGUCAACCUGCGGGACGGCGCCCUCUGCCUCUCCUGGCGGCUCGGCGACUUCCGGGGGAAGCAAGUCGUGGAGGGCGUGGCCCGCGCCCAGGUGGUGCGCUACGUCACCCGGCCCUCGGGGGCCGUCGAGGUCUCGUACCGGGACCUGGAGCUGCUGGACCGCGAUGUGGUCCUGGCCACGCCCGCCACCGUGGUGCACCGGCUGGGCCCGGGGAGCCCGCUGUACCGCUGGCGCCCGGAAGGGAAGGGGGAGGAGGUGGAGGUGUUGAGGGAGGAGGAGGAGGAGGAGGAGGAGGAGGAGGAGGAGGAGGAGGGGGAGUUUGAGCUGGUGGUGUCCUUCACCUACACGGGGGACACCACCGGGACGCUGCACCAGGCGAGGACGUCCUACGCGGUGGGGGACAUCCGCUGGGGCCAGCGCUUCCAGGACAUGCUGCGCCAGGGCCCCAAGGGCCUGAGGGCGGACUACGCCCUGUUCAACCAGACCUCCUGGGUCCCGGUCCCCCGGCUCAGCGCCGAGCAGCUCCUCAGGGGCGCGGCCCCGGGGCCGACCGAGGGGCCUCGAGACCCCCGCGGGGGAACGGGGAAGACACAGAGACCCCGGGGCCCCAGACCUGACCCGGGUCAGGGCGUGGUUCAGGAGGCUCGUCUCUAGGGGGGGGGGGGGGGG